AUGGCGUCCCACAUCGUUGGCUAUCCUCGCAUGGGGCCCAAGAGAGAGCUGAAGUUCGCGCUGGAGUCUUUCUGGGAUAGGAAGAGCAGUGCUGAGGAGUUGCAGAAGGUGGCAGCUGACCUGAGGGCAUCGAUAUGGAAGCAGAUGGCUUCUGCCGGAAUCAAAUACAUUCCCAGCAAUACUUUCUCUUACUAUGAUCAGGUGUUAGAUACCACAGCUAUGCUGGGUGCUGUUCCUCCCAGAUAUGGCUGGAAUGGGGGUGAGAUUGAAUUUGACACCUACUUCUCCAUGGCGAGGGGUAAUGCCUCUGUCCCAGCUAUGGAAAUGACCAAGUGGUUCGACACCAACUACCACUAUAUUGUCCCUGAGCUAGGACCAGAUGUUAAGUUCUCUUAUGCAUCUCAUAAGGCAGUUGAUGAGUUCAAGGAGGCCAGAGCUCUUGGAGUUGAUACGGUUCCAGUCCUUGUUGGCCCUGUUUCCUACUUGUUGCUUUCCAAACCUGCCAAGGGUGUUGAGAAAUCCUUUUCUCUUCUCUCCCUCAUUGGAAAGAUUGUUCCAAUCUACAAGGAGGUUAUUGCUGAACUGAAGGCAGCAGGUGCCACCUGGAUACAGUUUGAUGAGCCAACUCUUGUGAAGGAUCUCGAUUCUCACCAAUUGCAAGCAUUUACUCAUGCCUACUCAGAGCUAGAGUCAUCCCUGUCUGGCCUGAGUAUUCUUAUCGAGACAUACUUUGCUGACGUGCCUGCAGAGGCGUACAAGACACUCACCUCUUUGAAAGGCAUUGCAGGCUUUGGAUUUGACCUAGUUCGUGGAACGAAGACCCUAGAUUUGGUUAAAGGUGGAUUUCCUUCUGGAAAAUAUCUUUUUGCUGGAGUAGUAGAUGGAAGAAACAUUUGGGCUAACGAUCUGGAUUCAUCUCUCAAAACCCUGCAGGCCCUUGAGGGCGUCGUUGGAAAAGAUAAGGUCGUUGUUUCAACAUCCUGUUCUCUUCUUCACACUGCCGUGGACCUAUUAAAUGAAACUAAAUUGGAUAAAGAGAUCAAGUCAUGGCUUGCAUUUGCAGCCCAAAAAGUUGUUGAAGUAAAUGCCUUGGCCCAGGCAUUAUUUGGACUGAAGGAUGAGACUGUUUUCUCUGCAAAUGCUGCCGCCCUAGCUUCGAGAAAGUUAUCCCCGAGGGUGACAAAUGAGGCUGUCCAAAAGGCUGCUGCUGCUCUAAAGGGCUCUGAUCACCACCGGGCCGCAAAUGUGAGUGCCAGGCUAGAUGCUCAGCAGAAGAAACUGAACCUUCCAAUUCUUCCCACCACCACCACUGGAUCAUUCCCUCAGACAAUGGAGCUUAGAAAAGUACGCAGGGAAUACAAGGCCAAAAAGAUUUCUGAGGAUGAUUAUGUCAAGGCUAUCAAGGAGGAGAUCAGCAAAGUUGUCAAGCUUCAGGAAGAGCUUGACAUUGAUGUUUUGGUACAUGGAGAGCCUGAGAGGAAUGAUAUGGUUGAGUACUUUGGUGAGCAAUUGUCUGGUUUUGCCUUCACUGUCAAUGGGUGGGUACAAUCUUACGGGUCACGAUGUGUUAAACCACCUAUUAUCUAUGGUGAUGUCAGCCGUCCCAAGGCUAUGACAGUCUUUUGGUCUUCAAUGGCUCAAAGCAUGACAAAACGUCCUAUGAAGGGAAUGCUUACUGGUCCUGUUACCAUUCUGAACUGGUCUUUCGUAAGAAAUGACCAACCAAGAUUUGAAACCUGCUAUCAAAUUGCUCUGGCAAUUAAGGAUGAGGUUGAGGAUCUUGAGAAAGCCGGUGUCACUGUUAUUCAAAUUGACGAGGCUGCUUUAAGAGAGGGUUUGCCUCUUAGGAAGUCUGAGCAGGCUUUCUAUCUUGACUGGGCUGUUCACUCAUUCAGGAUCACUAAUUGUGGUGUUAAAGAUACUACCCAGAUCCAUACUCACAUGUGCUAUUCAAAUUUCAAUGACAUCAUCCACUCGAUAAUCAACAUGGAUUCUGAUGUGAUCACCAUUGAGAACUCCAGAUCAGAUGAGAAGCUGCUCUCAGUUUUCCGUGAAGGAGUGAAAUAUGGUGCUGGCAUUGGUCCGGGUGUCUAUGACAUUCAUUCGCCCAGAAUUCCAUCCACAGAAGAAAUUGCUGAUAGAAUUAACAAGAUGCUUGCGGUCCUUGAGAGCAACAUUCUUUGGGUCAACCCCGAUUGUGGCCUCAAAACCCGCAAAUACUCUGAAGUUAAGCCUGCUUUGAGCAACAUGGUUGCUGCCGCCAAGCUCCUCCGCACCCAGCUAGCCAGUGCUAAGUGAGUUUACUAGGUGACACCUUUUGCGAUGCUCUCCCGUGCUGCUGCUGGAAUAAGAGGCUCUUCAUUGGAAAUGCUACAAAUAUUUUCCUCCAUAACUGAUGUUAAUGUGCAACGAAAUAAAAAAUCUUAGUGGCUUUUAUAUCUGGGAAGUCAUUUAUUUGACUGCACAGUUAAAAGUCAAAACCUCUGUUAGGGACCUUCCACAAAGUAACCAACUGUAAAAACAUUAGAAUAGCAAAUUGCUCCCACUUGUUGUUGAGCUUUAAAUUGUGGAAAAUUGGCAAACCAGCAUUCGGAUAGCUUUUGAAGUCUUAAACUGCUUCUGAACUCGGCGACUUUGGUUUUUGCACUUCUUUUAAUAGCUGCACUUCCAAAGAUGAAAAGAGCAGUUUUCUGGAUACAGAUUUUUCUUAAAGUGUUCUAUUGUUUAAUUUGUUGGAAAGUUACCCUUUUAAAUUAGUUGAACUGAAGUUGUGUUGAUUAAUUAACUGUCUGAAAUUGCUGCAUCGGCCAAUUCUCCUUCCAAACAGUAUGAAUUUCCUUUAAAACAUAGCAACAUAUAUUUCACCUGCUUUUUAAGUCCUAAGGAUGAUCCACUAAAAAUUUCCAAUUCACUGACAUAUUUUUAUUAUUUUAAUAUAGAGAUGCCCCGAUUAUAUAAUAGCUCAUCUUGUAUAUCUCUGUUUUCAUAUGAUAUUUGUGGAAGCAUUCUGAUAUUGUCGAACACGCGGGGGAUUAGAAAUAUGAAGAUGCUUCACUAUUAGAAAUAUGAAGAUGCUUCACUUCCUUGAUUUCUGCACAUUGUGAAUUGUGAUGCCAAAAAUACACAGAUCAUUAACAUGCCCGGCAAUCCAAAUGCUGUUGCGGAAUGCAUGGAUGCUUUGUUGCCUGCCCUCAAGCACGCCUUGAAGCAAAUCAAGGGAGACAAGAGAGAGAAGCAUCCUCAUCAUGUCCCUCGUGCUCAAGCAGUGCCCACGGACACCUGGGAACGUAGUUAUAAGUCGGCCUCUGGCAGUGAAACAGAAUGUGGUUGUUCGUGUUGCCACUGAUGAUAUUUGAGGUGAAGUUUCAUUCUUGUAAAUUAUUACAACUAUCUGUCUUGUGUCUACUGGGAGGCAAAGUGUUAGCUUACCUAGAGAAUUAUCAUGCUUAUGGCCUCUGUAGUGAGCAAGUUCCGUGAUACGUGGAUGGUCGGUGGACAGUUUCUUAGUAACAAGUCAUCUGAUGAACA